GCCUGGACUGUUGCAGAUGGGCAUUUUGAUGGAGAUCUGGAAAAUGGCUGAAGGAACCUGAACCUGAGGGAGGGAUCAAUGCUGCCAGCAUGCCCGCCAGCACGAGGUCCUCUGCAUGCUGCCUUUGGCACGAGCAAGCAGCCAUCUAAUCCAAAUGGAAAUGCCUCCCUGCUUGCUGGCUGCAGGCAGGAGAAGGCUGAGGACCCUUGUCUUGCAGAGCUGAGCUGGGGUGACGCAACCCUUCCCCACAGCCCCCCUCCACUCAGAUUCUGGGCUGGUGAUGGAGUGGCAAUGCCUUUGGGCACUGUCGCAGAGCAGUGGCAGCACCAAGAUGGAGGGGACAUGACUCCUAACUCACCAGAGCAUUUGUAGACCACAAACUUUGCAUCUAUAGAAGCGCUCAGGCUCCCCUCGCCUGCCUCUCUGCUAGGAGCAUCCCUGCUUGCCACCCACUGUGCAUGCUCUCCUGAGCAUUGAACUACAAUUUGUUGCUACUGCCACUGAGUAGCUACUGUUGUUGCUUUCCACGGACUUGCUCAGCUGCCAGGAUGCCCCUGAUGGGCUGCAAGCUGCUGCCGGAACUGCCAGGCCAAGGUGGGAGAGCAUCGCUCCUGGGGGAGCAGCAAAACCAAAUUGGGGUUCUAGCCCUUUAAAUCCAAUCUGGUACUGCAAAAAAACGGGCGAGCAGCAGGAGAGAGCCUUCAGACUCUUUUAAUUAAAGCUUGUACCAUAUUCCAUCUUCCCAAGUCACAGCAGUCACUUCUUCAGGACAUCUCAGGGCUCGCCGGCACCGCGGCAUGGAUGGGGGGAGUCGCUCACCUGGGACCGGCGGCAGUAGAGUCACACUCCUGGCUUUAAUGUCUCCAUGAUGAGCUCGCACAUCUCUCGGAACCUGCCGUCUCAUCUGCCUCAUGGGGCUGAUCGAAGAGCAUGGAGAGGGGCAGCCCAAGCAUGAAGGUGGCGGAGGGGACGAGUCUCCUGGGGAGAAGGAGGAGCCGCAGCAGAGGAGCAGGCAACCAGAGUUUCCCUCCUGGCAAAAGAUGCCAUUCCACCAUGUAACAGCUGGCUUGUUGUACAAAGGCAACUACCUGAACCGCUCACUCUCUGCUGGCAGUGACAGUGAACAGCUAGCAAAUAUCUCCGUGGAGGAACUAGAUGAAAUCCGUGAAGCUUUCCGAGUGCUGGACAGGGAUGGGAAUGGCUUUAUAUCCAAGCAGGAGCUGGGCAUGGCAAUGCGUUCCUUGGGAUACAUGCCCAGUGAGGUGGAGCUGGCGAUUAUCAUGCAGCGCCUUGACAUGGAUGGGGAUGGCCAGGUUGAUUUUGAUGAAUUUAUGACUAUUCUGGGACCUAAGCUGGUGUCAUCGGAAGGCAGAGAUGGCUUUCUGGGAAAUACAAUAGACAGCAUAUUCUGGCAGUUUGACAUGCAGAGGAUAACACUGGAAGAGCUGAAACACAUCCUCUACCACGCCUUCCGGGACCACUUAACGAUGAAGGACAUUGAGAACAUCAUUAUCAAUGAAGAGGAGAGUUUAAAUGAAAACUCUGGCAACUGUCAAACAGAGUUUGAAGUGCACGCCCAGAAGCAGAACAGACAGACCUGUGUACGGAAGAGCCUUAUCUGCGCGUUUGCCAUGGCCUUUAUUAUAAGCGUGAUGCUGAUCGCGGCCAACCAGAUCCUGCGGAGCGGCAUGGAGUAGCCUCUCACCAUGACACUGUGAACCAAACUGACCAUGCAUGCGCAUGCCACCGGGUGAGCUCCCCCUGAACCGACUCUCACACGGCAAAGAGACAGAGGCAGGCAGAUAAAGCACCAUUCGACAAGGAGCCUGAGGCCAGCAGCGUAAUGUGUCUUGUGAAUCAACUACAUUCUUUUGGCAGGGACAUAAAAGGGCUGUCUUAAUGCUUUAAAGGUUUUGUUUCCUAAUGCAAUAAAAAAAAAUAAUAUACAGGAGUCCCAACUUAUUGCUUCAAAACAGCAAUGGUAACUUGGAAGAGACUUACAUCCAGCAGCCUGUGUGGCAGUUUUAAGGAGGCACAGCCUCAUGACUUAUUGCAGCAGGGCUGUCUUUUAACCUAGGGGCCGACUGACUAUUCCACGUAGCUCUCCGCUGGGCCCACAUUCCCAGGAAGUUGAUCGUAGCAUUGCCACAAGCAAGUUCUGUUUGUUUCGUUCCAUGUACGCCAGCUUCACCUUGUUUUUCCCUUAUGACCAUGCCUUUGAGUUCAUGGCAUUAGAGGGGAGCUAGAGCAUCCUUGUACAGUAUUUUCAGAGUAAAAAGAAGAGGAGAAUUUGCCAGCAUCAUACAAAAUCUCUAUUUUUGCUUCAUAAACGCCACCUUUGACACAAGACUGUGGGGGAGCACAAGUCCCCUUGCCAUUUUACUCCAACCGUGAAUCAGGGCUUAAGAAGCAUCACCCGUUUUCACACAUCUCUGAGAUUUGUGCAAAGUCUUCCAACCGACUCUGCAACCACCAGCACCAGUUAAAACUCCCUCUAUUUGGUCCUGUCUACACAUUCAGCAUUUGCUUUCCAGAAGUUUUGCCUUUCUUCUAUACUGGUCUUCAACAACCUCACCUGAGAUUGGAAUCACGAGGAAAGCUCAGAAAGAGCUUUCCUCCCUUCUUUUCCCCUGUGCAAUUUCUUUGUUUUAUUUCCUAUGUCCUGGUUGUACUCUGCAGUGAAACCUCCAUGUCAGACACCUUCUCAUGGAGAGUUCAUAUUUUCACCUACAUGGUAUUGUGUGAUUUUGACCAGCUCGCUGCUCCAGUCCCUCCCAGGAGCCAUCUCACCACCACCAUCCCAUGAACAAGUUCCAAAGCUGAAAAGCAGACCGCAGCAAGAGGAGAAGGAAUCAAACUAGAGCCUACCACCAUGUGUUACAUACUGUGUCAGACUUCCAGAUCCUGCAAGUGUUAAUUUUCCUGGAUGAGAUUAUAAUGAGCAGCAAGGAGAAGAUGGAGUCAUGAAGACUAGAGAUAACACGUCCCAUGGAAAGCAGAAGCACUGGGCGAGCCUGAAGCCAGGAUUACAGCAGAAAGCACUUUUCCCUUUAAACUUGUCACAAACCCUUGCAUUUACCUUCGGAUGAACUGCACACCUGUGUGUCACCCCAGGAAAGAUCUGAUUUCCUUGUCCUCAUGGGAGAGGUUUC